CAGCAGGAAAGCCCCAUGAUGCGGGUUUGGUUGAAUACUACUGAGAUGAGUGAGGACUGCCUUUAUUUGAAUAUCUGGACGAAUGCCAUCAACGCGAGUGGUCAUCCACCAGUGGAAUCGACGCCAGACUCGACUUUCGCCUGGUCCAAACGCAGCCUCAAACCACCGAAUUUCCAACAGCUUAACGGGCGUCCAGUUAUGGUGUGGAUCCACGGUGGGAACCUCGUGUCUGGGUCCGCCAGCUUGGAGAUGUACAAUGGAGCGAUUCUGGCCAGCGAGAUGGACGUGAUUGUGGUGAGCAUUCAGUACCGCCUUGGUCCACUGGGAUUUCUUUGUUUGGGGACGCCGGGGAUCCCUGGAAACCAAGGUCUUCUGGACCAAGUCGAAGCGCUUCAGUGGAUUCGACGCAAUAUCGCCUACUUUGGUGGAAAUUCCGAGCAAAUCACAUUAUUUGGACAGGGUGCUGGCGCUUUGAGCGCAUCUCUCCAUCUCCUUUCGCCAAUUUCCAGUCCGUUGUUUCAACAGGCCAUUCUCCAGAGUGGGUCGCCGCUUGCCUGGUGGUCGGCUGAGAGUUUGCAGUCGGCGAUUAACAAGGCACGCAUAUUUGCUGGUUUGAGUGGAUGUCACGGCAACCGGGAGGAAAUUGAGACGUGUUUGCGCUCCGCCGAGGCGGGGAGUUUGAUCCUGAAUCAGUGGAAAAUGCAUCUUCUUCGAGACCUUCCAUCGACGACACGAUUUCAUCGAAUAGCCCGCCUCUACAACCGGCGGUAUAAUCCAGAGAUUCUCAACACAGCAGGACUCUUCUUCAACAUCACGUUCAAGCCAGUGGUUACAGAACCCUUUUUGCCUCGUUGGCCCUAUCAAAUUAUUGGUUCAAACAGCGACUCUCACCGUCAUCGCAUUCUCCUCGGAGUCAACAAAGAUGAAAGCACUCUGGAGUUGGUUCAUGGACUCCGAAAGUUCUUCCUCAGAGACGGCUCCACACCAAAACUGCCGGUUGAAUUCGACUCUGGCGUGGCCUUCAUGGACCCUCUUGAUAUUCUUGCAUUUCACAUAAUCGAUGAAGACUUCCUUCAUCCGCUUCUCCUUCAGGCUACGGCUUUUGAAUAUCAGAUCCCGACUCGUGCAUUUCACAAGAAGCGGUGGACGUCAGUGGAGGUGCAGCACUCGCUCGCAGAAGUAGCAGGCGACUACAACGUGAAGUGUCCCCUCAUUGAAUUUGCUGAUGCCUACUCUCAAGGACCGAAUAGUCAGGUAUUCCUCUACUCUUUUGAGCACAGCUCAAGUGGCUGGACGUGGCCUAAUUGGACGGGUGUCAUGCAGGGCUACGAGGCGGAAUAUGUGUUUGGAGCACCGUGGAAUCUCAAGUUCGAGUCCGAGUUCUACAAGUUCAAUGACGAAGAACGCCAACUCAGCGAAACGAUCAUGCAGUACUGGGCUAACUUUGCUGCAACUGGGUCACCGAGUUUGCAUCCCAGCGAGUUCCACACAAGAGCGAAGCGAUUUCACUGGAACAACUACGAGACGCAGGGCAUCGCAUUUAAGGGUGACCUUGAGACUGACGCUUUAAGAGAAUACCUGGUCCUCCAAUUGCCCAAGCCAAGGUUAGCGCGCAAUUUGAAACGCCAUGAAUGCCUGUUCUGGCGGGAGAAACUGCCAAUGCUGAGACAGCGUCUUGUUCGCAGUAAGCACUCCCUUCUCUCUUGUUUUAAACAGUAACGCACGGUGUCAGCAAAACCCACCGAAGGAAGCAGAGCCGAAAGCCACAGAGAAGACGCCCUUGAAGCCGCCAGUAAACAGUUGGAAUUUGCCUCUGCUGAUGCCGACCACAUCUACCACCCUCCUCUCCAACUCCAUCAUCAGCAUAAUUCUUCCUACUUGCAUACUUUUAAGUAG